CUUGUGAACGUAAUCCAAAACUGCCACGCCCAGCAACAAAAGUGGGCGUCAUAUCAUUAGAAACGUGUAUGGGAUUAUUAUGCCAUAAAUAUGAAACACAUAAACGAUAUAUGCAUUAUUGUGCUCAUUUGCUGUUUGCUACAAGGUUUCGCUUUGGGGCUGCGCAUGAUCAAGGUCUCCAUUCCCGCCUACAAGAUGAGGGGUGAAUCGGCCUUCCUCGAGUGCCAAUAUGAGUUGAAUCGCACCCACGGACCACACAUCUCCAGCGAGGGGCAUCGAGAGCGGGAGCGGGAACGGGAUCGGGACCGGGAACGUGAUCGAGAUCGGUAUCCACAUGCGGGAGGAGGAGAUUAUGUGGACAUGGAUGUGGAUGGGGAUGUUGACCGUCUGUCACAUCGACGCAUGCACCAAAAUCAGCGACAACAUCAGCAGCGACGACAGCAGCAUCUGCCGCAGGCAUUGAAACAAUACCAGAGUCAGACUCAAAGUCAGAGUCAGAGUCAGACAGAGGGGCACAUGCCCCCCUUGCCACAACAGUCGCCGUACGGACACAGCGUCUAUCGGGGCAGUGCGGCAUCCGGAUAUUUGGGCGGUCGUGUUGGCGCCAGCAUUCACAAUGGCGGCCAGCAUUCAGUGACUAACGGUGGCGCCUCCAGCGGUGCCUCCAUCUCCUAUGUGCCCGAAUUUGAGCGCGAGGAUAGGUACGGGGAGAGCGACGAGGAGGAGGAGCAGCCACAGGAGGAGGGCGAGGCAUUGUAUGCCAUCAAAUGGUACAAGGACAAUGAGGAAUUCUAUCGCUAUGUGCCAAAGACACGCCCACCCAAAACCAGCUAUCGCGUCGAUGGCGUCCGCGUGAUUGAGGAGCUUUCGGAUGCCAGUCGUGUGCUGCUUCGUGGCCUCACCCUCAACUCGACUGGUCUCUAUCGCUGUGAAAUCUCCGCCGAGGCGCCAAACUUCUCAUCUGUUCAAGGCGAGGGUCGCAUGGAUAUUGUAUUUUUACCACGUGACGGUCCUCAUAUAAGGGGACAACAGUAUCAGUAUCAAAUCGGUGAAUAUCUAAGCUUAAAUUGCACAUCAGGGAAAUCACAUCCCGCUUCUCAUCUGCAAUGGUUCGUCAAUGAGCAACCUAUACUGGAUGAGCACUUCCUGCACAAAUACAACGAUAUCGUGCACAAACACGGACUAAUCACCUCGACGCUCGGUCUGCAGCUGGAGCUGGAGCCACGGCAUUUUCACGAUGGCGACAUGCGCGUCAAGUGUCUGGCCAGCAUUUCGCCCGUGCUGUGGAAGGGCGGCAAGGAGAGCGUCCUACAGCGUCGUCCUGGCAUCAUUGACAAUCGCGAGACCAUGCUCUUGGUGCGCAGUGCAGCUGGCCAAGUUGAGAGCAAUCUACUGCGACUGCUGACCAUUACCAUUAUCCUGGCACGCAUCGGACAGUGGCUGCUCAGUCCGGAGUUGACCUAAGGAUACUUAUCGCGAAGAAGAAGAAGAAGAAGCAGCAGCGAAUGGACUUCGUGGCAGUUAAAUGAUUUUCAAUUCAAUUCAAUUGCAAUUGCAGAGCAUAAAUGGUGAUUUUGUAUACUUUAAGUGUAAUAUCUUUAGUUUCUAAGCGAUAGACGAUUACCGAUUGCCGAUUACCGAUUGCCGAUUACUGAUAAUCGAUAACGGAUAUACGGAAGCAGGAGAUUCCCCAGGCAAACCGAAAGAUAAAAAUGAAAAACUUAACAAAUUGCAGCAACUUUAGAAAAACUAAAACAAAAUACAGAAAAAUGUGGUAAAUCUAGUGCAAAUAACAUGUCAUCUCCCUCACACACACACACACAAACAUUCAUAUCUAUCAUUAACUGUUUACUUCUAGACAAAGAGAGGGAAAGAGAGCAAGGAAUAAGUAUAAUUAAAUGUGUAUGAGAUACGAAAAACGAAAUCCAAUUAGCAACAAUCUAGCAUGUUGCGUGACAAAAACAUCAUACCCCAUUUCCACCCCUUAUAUCCCUUUUCAACCCCAUCACCAUGCAUACAGUUAAAGAAAAGUUGAGCGUAGUUUCUGUGUAAAUAAUUCAAAUGAUAGCAAAGCAUAGUGCAAAUCUAAAACCUCAAAUGUACCACACUGACAAACACACACACACACACACAGACAUGCUGUUUUGUCCUUUGAGUCAAUUUCAAUUUGGAUAUUUACUAUAUAAAUAAGUUGAUUUAGUCUAGGGUGUCGCAAUGUUUGGCAACAAUUUGCAAUAAGAAUUUAAUUAUAAACAAACCCAAAUUGAAAUUCAGUUUCUUU